AUGGGUUCCCGCUGUGCCAAGCUCAACACAGGCCACAGCCCAGGCCACAGCACAGGCCACAGCACAGGCCACAGUAUGGGCCACAGCAUGGGCCAUGGCCGGGGCCACGAAUCCUCCAUGAAGAAGCUCGUGGCCUGCGUCAGUCAAGAUAACUUCUCCUUGUCAUCAGAGGGUGAGGAGGAGGAGGAAGAGGAGGAGGAAGGGGAAGAGGAGGAGGAAGAAGAGCUGCCAGUGCAGGGCAAGCUGCUGCUGAUGGAGCCUGAGCGGCAGGAGGAGGGCCAGGAGGACAACGCCGAGGCCCAGAAGAGCCCCGAGUCCAAGCAGACACACUCCUGACCCGCGACGAAGGCCCAGGAAGGGACACCCACUGCUGCUCCGGCGACAGCAUUCAGAGAAGAGUCAAUAAAAAGUCUCU